AUGUACUGGGCUAAGAGUACUAGGAUAGAUAAAAUUGCAAAUGUGAUCAGCAGGGACCGCUGGAAGGAAAUUAAAUCAAAAUUGCACUGCAACGACAACUCGAAACUGAGAAGAGAUGAUCCCAACUGUGAUAGGCUGUUUAAAAUCCGGCCCUUAGUUGACUCAUUGCAGGAAAAAUUUAGGAACCUACCUAAAAGUGAGUUUCUUUGCAUUGAUGAACAAAUAGUCCCGUUCAAGGGAAAAUCCGGUCUGAAGCAGUACAACCCAAAAAAACCCAAGAAAUGGGGUUUCAAAAUUUUUGUUCUGUGCGACACUUCUGGUUUGGUUUAUGAUUUUGAGAUCUACUGUGGUAAAAUACAGCCUGUUGCUGGGUUCGCUGAUAUUGGUGCGAGUUCAAAUAUUGUACUAAAGCUUGUUGACUCAGUACCUAGAAAUAUGAACCACAAAUUGUUUUUCGACAAUUGGUUUUCUUCCUUGCCUCUCUUUGUUGAGCUCAAACAAAUUGGCAUUGAAUCAUUAGGCACAGUAAGGAGUGACCGAUUCAAAGGCCUGAACUUCCCUACUGACAAAGACAUGAAACAUGAUUUUGGUAGAGGCUCUGUUCUUGAAAAAAGUCAUGUGACAAACACUGAUGUAGAAAUCAGAGCUGUAAAGUGGAUGGACAAUAGGGGUGUGGUAUUAGUCUCAUCAUUUGAAUCCGCUCAGCCCCUCACAAAUGUCAAAAGGUUUGACAAAAAAGUAAAGAAGGAAAUACUUGUUCCUUGUCCAAAAGCUGUGAUUACAUAUAACAAAUUUAUGAGCGGAGUAGAUCUGCUUGACGGUCUUGUAGCAUACUAUCGGAUUUCCACCAAAUCUAAAAAGUACUACAUGAAAAUGGUGCAUCACUUUGUGGACAUGGGCGUUGUCAAUGCCUGGCUUGUGUACCGCCGUGAUUGUUCUCAAAAAAACUAUCCGAAAAAAGAAAUAAAAGACCUGCUGGAAUUUAGGUCCGAUGUUGCUGCAGCUCUAUGCAGCCAGGGAAAGCAGCAAGCUCGUAAAAGGGGAAGGCCUUCCUUUGAAGACCAAGAGGAAGCUGCAUAUGAAGAAAAAAAGAAGAAGGGUCCAGCCAAAGCUCCGCCUGAGGUCAACGUCAGGAAAGAUGGUUUAGGCCAUUGGCCUGUUGGCAGUAAUGUAAAUAGUGAGAUGGACGAUACGGACGAAGACCACGACUUCCUCCCUAGUGAUGACUCAGUGCCAAGCAGUGAAUCCGAUGACAAUGAAGUUGGUAUUAUGGAGAGUAUGGAUUGUUCGGAUGAAAUGAUUGAUUCUGUUAUUGAAAAUGUGAUUGUAUCGAGUGAAAUUGAAAAUGUAAAUAUUGAAAAUGUCGAAAGAGAAGUUGUAAAUAUUGAAGGUAUAGAUAGAGAUGUAACUGUUAAUUUAGGAGAAGUUUGA